UCCAACCCAUUAUGUUGUAUGUACAACAUGCUAAAGAGGAGGAAAGACUGCUUACUGCUAGAGGGGGCAUGCAGAGUGACAUACAGAACAGGCUUGGUGAUCACGUGACUGGAGGGGAUGGUGCAUCCAUGUUUAAGAUAAAGAAAACAUAGAAAAGUUUCUGGAUUAGGGCAGAAUUAACACAAAGCAGCGACGCCACUCCAGCUACACUCGCAAAACAACACAGGAGGAGCAGCACGAGGGGGGACCGAGACACUCGAGCGAACGCCACCUCAGAAAAACUUCAGACUGUGACAGCGAGAGGCGGACGAGUCCAUCCAGACAGAGAGAGAGAGAGAGAGGCAGAGAGACGGCAGCAGAGAGGCAGGGGAUUCUUGCCGACAAGGUCCUGAAGGAUGGAAGAGAAGCAGUUUGCUGGGAUCCUGAACGGAGCAGUUCCAGGCGAGCCAGUGAGGAAGGAUGAAAACUCCCGGAGAGGGAACUGGGGCAACCAGAUUGAGUUUGUCCUCACCAGCGUGGGCUACGCUGUGGGCCUGGGCAACGUCUGGAGGUUCCCCUACCUCUGCUACAGAAAUGGAGGAGGUGCCUUCAUGUUACCGUACUUCAUCAUGCUGGUGUUCUGCGGUAUUCCCCUCUUCUUCCUCGAGCUGUCCUUCGGUCAGUUCGCCAGCCUGGGGUGUCUGGGAGUGUGGAAGAUCAGCCCGAUGUUUAAAGGUGUGGGCUACGGCAUGAUGGUGGUGUCCACCUACAUUGGGAUCUAUUACAAUGUGGUCAUCUGCAUCGCCUUCUAUUAUUUCUUCAUGUCUAUGACAAACCUGCUUCCAUGGACCUACUGCAACAACCCUUGGAACACGCCAGAGUGCAGCGGGGUGCUGGGAAACAGCCGCCAGCUCAACGCCAGCCUGGCUAACGCCACAACAAGCCUCGUAGCAGGAGUGACUGAAGUGGUGAACCGCACCAAAAGGACCAGUCCCAGUGAGGAAUACUGGAAACAUUAUGUGUUGAACAUCUCUGAUGAUAUCGGGAACUUUGGAGAGGUCCGUCUUCCCAUCCUGGGCUGUCUGGCGGUGUCCUGGGUAGUCGUCUUCCUCUGUCUCAUCAGAGGCGUUAAAUCUUCAGGAAAGGUUGUGUACUUCACGGCCACGUUCCCUUAUGUGGUUCUGACCAUCCUGUUCAUCCGUGGCAUCACCCUGGAUGGCGCCAUCAAUGGCAUCAAGUACUACCUGACUCCACAGUGGCAGAAGGUCCUUGAUGCAAAGGUGUGGGGAGACGCAGCGUCACAGAUCUUCUACUCUCUGGGUUGUGCCUGGGGCGGGCUCAUCACUAUGGCAUCCUAUAACAAGUUUCACAACAACUGUUUCAGAGACAGCAUCAUCAUCUCUAUAACCAACUGUGCGACCAGCGUGUAUGCCGGCUUCGUCAUUUUCUCCAUCCUGGGCUUCAUGGCACACAACCUGAACGUCCCUGUAUCAGAGGUGGCUGACCACGGCCCUGGACUGGCCUUCGUGGCUUACCCAGAAGCCCUCACUCUGCUCCCCAUCUCUCCACUCUGGUCGCUGCUCUUCUUCUUCAUGCUCAUCCUUCUGGGACUGGGCACUCAGUUCUGUCUGCUGGAGACUCUGGUGACGGCCAUCGUGGAUGAAAUCGGCACAGACUGGAUCAUCAGGAACAAAACUGUAGUAACGCUGUCAGUGGCGAUAGUCGGAUUCUUACUAGGAGUGCCGCUGACAACACAGGCAGGAAUCUACUGGCUGCUGCUGAUGGAUAACUAUGCUGCUAGUUUCUCUUUGGUCAUCAUCUCCUGCAUCAUGUGCAUCUGCAUCAUGUACAUUUAUGGCCACAGGAACUACUUCAAAGACGUUGAGAUGAUGCUGGGCUUCCCUCCUCCUCUCUUCUUCAAAGUGUGCUGGAGAUUCAUCUCCCCCGUCAUUAUCUCUUUCAUCCUGAUAUUCACAGUGAUCCAGUACAAGCCCAUCACCUACAAUGACUAUGUGUAUCCUGGCUGGUCUCUGGCUAUCGGUUUCUCCAUGGCUCUGUCCUCAGUGAUCUGCAUACCUAUCUAUGCCCUCUACAAGAUCUCCAGGUCACCAGGAGCCACUUUCAGAGAGCGGUUGAAGAACGCCUGCAAAUCACAUCCAAAGUGGGGCCCUGCCCUUCAGGAGCACCGGACAGGCCGCUACGCCCCCAUGGCCUCUGAAGACACGGUGGAGGCUCGUCCCCUCAAGGAGAAGGAGGAGCUGAAGGAGGAGCAGAAGGAGGAAGAGAAGGAGAAAGAGAAAGAAAAGGAGAAGGAGAGAAAAGAUGAGAUCAGCCUCACCAUCCAGGGAAGCAACGGCUCCACCAACACACACAACAACCCAAACCCCAGCGCAUAGACGGCACCCUUUGCUCUGUCAGCGCCACCGUCUCCCUCUUCUCCCCCUCCCUUCUCCUCCAUCCUCACCCCACUUUCCCACAGUCCUCUGUGGGGGAGAUCCCAUUCGCUGGAGACCUUUACAUAUUGUAAGGGCUUAUUAUAUCUAUCCUAACCUCUUCUAUCUAUCUGUGUAUUGUCUCUAGAUAAACGAAGAAAAAAAAACGAAAGGAAGAAAAAAUUGGGUCAUCAUCCAAAAGAUUUGUGUGUAUGUCAGUGCGUGCGUAUGGGUGGGUUGUUAAUUUGUUACACAUAAUUUAAUAAUGCAGUUUGUUUUUUCCUUUCCUUUUUUGUAAAACUUGUACAUGUCAUCUUCAUAUGCAGUUAGAGGUACAGUAGAUUGUGAUGCUGCACGUGUUUGUUUUGUGCAUGCAGCAACAUAGAGACACACACUGUUCUCCUUUAUUCUGUUAGCUGGGUGUGAUUGGAGUCGGUGACUUUCUAGCAGCAGUGAUCGACAGCUGGAGACUUGUAAUGACGUGAGGUGCUGUUAAACUGUGCCUGUACUGGCCAUUUACAGUGUAACGAUGCUGAAAGGUGGAGACAGGCCAGAAAAGGGGCGGAUAAACUCAUUCACACUCAUACACUCACACUAUUGUACAUUUUACAGCACACAGUGACCUCAACCAUAGUUGAUCUCAGCUUAAGACUAAGCCUGUUGUUUUUUUAUGCUGCUUCCUUCUUUAAAUCGUUCUACAGAGCACAAAUAUUUAACAAACACACAAGAUGGCAACUGACACUUAGGGCUGAUCAUCUGUGGAAAUCUUCUUUAUGUGUAACUUUUCCACAAAAGCUGCUUAAACGUUAAAAAUGUCAAUAGAAAUGUCAGUAAAGUGUACUGUACCAUCUUCCUCUGCAUUCACACAGACAUACAAGGCAUUUGUUCCCGUCUUUUGACUGAAGAGAUCCCAGUGCCCAUUUCUCAGGGUCCAAAUGAAGUGGUUUGUUGUCAUUCCUUGCCUGUGGAGACCUUGCCUCUGCAAGGUGGCCUGUUACAAAAUAGGGACUGAAACCACCAAACUUUCUCUGAAAAACACCUACACAUAAACACAAAGCAGGUGGAUGCAACUCUGUACAUAGAAGUGCCAUCUCUUCUUACGUCUUCCAGGCAUUCUUUUUGAGUGAAAUGCAUCUUGGGAUAUGGUGUACGAAAGAGGAAAAGAAGCAGGUGAAAGGAUCAUAAGUGUUGUAGUCUGUGUCUCCCGUGGGUCGUAGCAAUCUGCCCCAUUAAGGCAUGUUACCAAAAACAUAACCUGAGUUACCUGAGUCGUGCACAUGUUUUUGGUAACAUUUAUACUGUUUAUCUCAGACUGGUGUGGUGUCAGUCAGUGGAACCUUUAAUGUAUUUACAGGCAUUUAUUUUUAAGCUCUGAGCCAAGCUGUGACUAGACAGGAAGCAGAGAGAUGCAGCUUGUUUCCAGAAGAAUAAAAUCAACUUAAGUGAAUUAUGUAGUUUUAAAUGUAGCUGUAUAGUAUUGUUCUCUCAGUAUAAUUCUCCUUUUUACCUCUCAUUAUUGUAAAGUAACUUAGUAAAUAAUUAUAAAGACAGCAUAUGUUUAUUUUGUACAAAAAAUAAAAACUACAGAAUCAUAAUUAACCAUGUUUACCAUUCCUCAUCUGUGACUUGUUGCUGUUGUGUUGGAGGGUGUGACAGGACAGAGAGGGGCUCUUUAGCAUGCAGGGUUGGGUUUCCCACAAGCGUCUGACUGGAGAGCAUCCAGGACAUUUGUAGCAGCAUGUUGGCAGUCUAAAUACAGAACAAAUACAUGAAAAGAGUUUUGUUUCUGUGUGUCGUAGACAGCUGUCUGUGAUAACAUGUUUCUAUGUCUGCUCAGGUGGUAGAGAGAUGAUGCUUGCUUCACAGCCAGGGAGGAUUUUUUGAGAUUGCAUCAGAUUUUUUUGCUCUUUUUUGUUUCAGUAUGUCUUUGUUUCUGAGCUGACAAAACAUCACUUAAAUGGAGAACUGGAGGGUUUUAUUCCAAUAUGAGCACAGAACAUAUUACUUGAUAAACAUAAUAAAACAGCACACUGAGAAUCUGAGGAUUCAAAGGUUUUUUUUGGGAAGCAUUGUCACUACAGUAUUACUUCCUUGUUAUGAGUUGAGGAGAUUGAUAUCAUUGUUAUAUCUGUUUUGUCGAUGUAUAGCCAUAGCGAGCAGCUUCUUAGCUUAAUUUUAAAACAAACACUGAUGAGGAAUGGAAAAGCUUGCCUUAUGGAGUCCAUAGUUUAUAAAAUAUACCAGCACCUGUAAGCCUCAGAAAUUACUGUUUAUCUAGCGUCUUUUUUAAUUUAAUGGACCUAGCCAAGCGCUCUUUCUUUCCCCGGUUUCCAGUCUUAUUGACAAGCCAAGCUAACCAGCUGUGGGCAUUGCCUUUAGACUCCCACACACAAGGUUAGAAUUUAACUUUUUACAGUCUUAAUGCCAGUUCAAGUCAGCCAGAUACUUAAGUGUAUCACCUUAAAACCAAGACUAAGGCUUAUUUUUUCUCCCAGUUUCCAGUCUUAAAGCUGGGCUAAGCCAACUAUAGAAAGGUUAACUGUACUAUCUUUGGACAAGGCUAGGCACUCAAUUCUAUUCUUCAAGCUAGGCUAAGCACACCAGAUGCUGGGAAGCUAAUUAAGUUACUUUUGAUAGAGUCAGGCUAGCUGAGUCUUAUUUUUCAGUCUUAAUGCUAAGCUCAGCUAGUGGUAGGUUGAUUAUUUUACACUGGGACAUAAGCAGGCUAGCUUAUCCCCUCUACUGUUUCCUGUCUCAAUACUUGUAACCUACUAGCUAAGCUAACCACCUGCUGGAAAAAGCUGUUUUACUUUACUGUCUUGUUUCCAUCAUAUAUGCUAAGCUAGGCUGAAACAGAUGCUCUUAUAGGUUGAUGGUUUACCUUGGGAUGGUUCCAGGCUUGCAUAUCUACAUUUACUGAUAUUAAGUUAAGAUAACCAGAUGCUAGGAGGUUACAUUAACUAAGGUCAGGAUUGGUAAGUUUUCUUCAUUCCAGUGUCUAUGCUAAGCUAAACAGACUAGGUCCUAGUUCUAAAUAAGAAACUUUGCAUGAAAACAAGCCUACUUUUCCUCCUCUUUUUUGUCUUAAUGUUGAGCUUAACGGCUGCUCUUGGGUUAAUUGUUUCGCCUUUAGAAAGCUCUGCUAACUUUUUGUCCUGGUCAUCAAACUUAAGAUUUAGCUAAGGUUAGAUAUGUUAAUAACUUGGAAAACCAGGCUAGCUGAUACUGCCUGAAGUUUUUAUGCUAAGCUAAGCUAAACAGCUGCUCUCAAAUUGAGUGUUUCACCUUCAAACAGCUGCCCUAAGUAAUUGUCCUGUUAUCAAUCUCAAGGAUUAGCUAUUUAAAGAGAUGCAGUAAGGCACAACUUGUUGUUAAGCUAACUACUUGCUAAUAGGUUCAGUGUAACCUAGGACAGAGCCAAGCUAGCUCACCUUGUUUCCAUUCUUUAUGCAGAGUUAAGCUAACCAGUUGCCGCUGAAUUACAUAUUUCAUCUUUGGAUAGAGUUUUACGCUGAACAGCUACAAGUUGGUUGAUUGUUUUAUGUUUGGAUGGAAGCAGACUAGCUUUUUCACCAUGCUUUGAUUUGUUUAUGCUAAGCUAAGUUAAGCAGAUGCUAGCUCCUGCUCCACAUUCGGUGCAGACAUGACAGUGGUAUCAAUCUUCUCUUUUAAAUCAUGUUUCCCAGAAUUUUACAUUUUUCUUCAAUGUAAACAGCGAUACGACGCCAGGCUUUUUAGAAUUUUUCUGAAACAUUUCAGCACAAUGUCAGGCUAAAUCUGCACAUUCUUUUUCUGCCCCAACAAUUAUGGUUUUUGAAGAGGACAGUGGAUUUACAUUAAGGUGUAGUUGCUCUAUUCUUCCACAAGAUGGGGUAACGCUUACACUCAGGGUAGUAAAAGCACAGCAGACUGUGAAGUGAAUACUAAGAGGCCCGUAGACACACGACUUCUGCAUUAAAAACCUACAUGACUUGAUGUCAGCGCUAAGCACAGAGCCUAAAUAAGGUACUGAUAAUUAAAAGCACAGAGAGCAUUCUGAAUCAAGCACACAUUUUAAGCAGACUUUAAGUUUUAAAGGAAUGUUGUAUUGAACUGGCUUGGAGAUUUUUAAGGAGUAGUCAUGAGUAAGAGGUCCUGUUUCAUUUAAAAUCAUAACAAAUUUUGUAGUUGCCUUUAUUUGUGAUGAAAUUACUGUAAAACCAGGUGCUCUAUGAAACAAUACAUUGACACAGAAACAUUAUCUACUAAUCCAUAUGUAUAGCAUUGCUUCCUUAAGUAGAAUUUAUGAUCAGAGGAACUGCAAAAUGAGGUUUUAUAUGAUGUUGAACUUCUUCUCAGUGUUUAUUGGGACAGCUUGUAGCUCAGACUGUUUUCUGUUUGUGAUUGAGUGUCUCAUGUAUUCAUGCUGUAGUAAGUGAAGCUUAUAGCCACCAUGCUAUCUCUCUAUAUACCCCAACCCUCACCAUCUCUGCUGGCCCCACAGCUCUUCCUCCCCUUGUACAGUAAUGUAAAAAUAUAUAAUCGGACUGUGUGUAUGCGUGUUUACCUUUGCUUUUAUUUUUUCGGGUGGGUUCGUGUGUUUUAUUUUCGGGUCGAGGGCGGGCGGGUAUUGUUUCAUUUUGUUUUUGAUUUGUCAUUUUUCUUGUAGUGUAAUGUAGAAAAUGACGUCAGGUGUAUUGUGUACUCUGUGUGUAGUGGAUUAGCUCUUACUGCUGAGCCUGCAUGUAGCGCAGGAGUAGUGUCAGUAUUGAUGUCAAUGUACCUCUAAUCUCUCAGAACUAGCCAAGUCCUAUUCUGCUAAUAAUAUACAGUCUAUCUUUUAAGAAAAGAAAAACAUUUUUUUACUAAAAGAAGAGAAAGAAAAUUACAUAUUUUAUCUUCAGAUUUUAAUCAUUGUUUAUCCAUGUUCAAUGACUACUUUAUGUUUGUUUAUGAAGGUGUAUUCAUAGAAGAAAAUAAGAUAAAGCCAGCUAAUAUUGAAGCAUUUCCAAACAAAAAGCUUUGGAUUGAAACUUGAACUACAGAAGAAUGGUUAGUUUUUACUGUGAACUUUGGCGGCUACGUGAAGAUGCUUUUUAUUAAACAGUAUUUCAUGAACAUAAAGCUCUAUUUUACACAGUGCAGUGCCAACAUACAGUACACCGCUGUUUACCUUUAAUAUCAAGUGGCCCUUUAUACAGACAGCUUGGCUUUUUCUGUCUAAUUGUUACAAAGUGUUAUGAAAUAAGUGAAACAAAACACCAAAAUGACUCUGCAAAUAGGAUAAAUGUGCUUAAAUCACCACUUCUGUUUUCAUUCAACUCUGGGGCAUAAUGAUAGAAUAUUAACCUGUUACAUUUUGGCAAAUGAGACAUAAACUUAUCACAAAAAGUAAGGGCAUUUGUGUUUGGUAGAUUAUUUACAUAUGCCAUUGGAAAGCCUGUUUAUUUCCCUUUUAAAUGGCGCCACAUUUGUAAGGAACAUGCAUUUGUGGGAUGAGCAGCAGAGCUGAGUAUGUGGGUUGCGCCCAUGAAAAAUGUGCCAAAUCUUCUCUGCCACUGCCAAACAGCUUCUUCUGCCAUCAAUGUUGUUUGGUGGAUUGGAUGAUUGAAGUCUGACGACAUACUGAAAAGUUAAAAAUUUAUUCAUGAAACAAACAGGAGCCUCAGUCGAACCAAACACAGCUACAAGAGCCUAGCAUCUCCUCCUCAUGCUGGUCACCAGCCUGGUCAGACAUUGCUGUGGGAUGGCAUCCCAUUCUUCAACCAGCAUUUGUCAAAAGUCAACUAAGCUGAUCCCACAAGUGUUCAGUGGGGUUGAGGUCAGGACUGCUGGCAUGACAUUACAUCCUCUCCACUACCAAAUUCUGGAGGUAGAGUUCGGUCACAGGCUGUGGAGAUAUGGGAUUGCCACUGGUUGCAGAAUGUCAUCUGGUUAUCUCUCAGCAUUGAGAUUUCCUCCAAUGACGGCAAGCCGCAUUUUACCGGUGAGGGAGAUGCCACCCCACACCAUCACACUGCCUCCACCAAAAGAUGUUGCACCAUCGGUGCAGCUUUUAGCAUAGCCUUGACCACAUCUUCUCCAUAUUUUGACCCUAUGAUCAAAGCUAACGCCAUGGGUAGAAUCUGGACUCACUGCUGAACAUAACAUUCCUGCACAUAUUCAGGUUCCAGUGCACAUGUUGCAAUUGGCGCCUGAAGGGUAGUCAUGGCAGAAUCAGCUGUUUGUCAUUGGCAGAAAGGAUCUGACAAGUUUUUCAUGGGUUCAACCCACAUACUUAGCUCUGCUGCUCAUCCCACAAAUGCAUGAUCCUUAGAGAUGUGGCACCAUUUAAAAGGGAAAUAAACAGGCUUGACAACGAUGUAAUAAUUAUGACCAAGAAGAUCAUCUACUAAACAAAUUUCCUUACUUUUUGUGCCAAGUUUAUAAUUAACAAGUAUCAACAACUAUCUGGCUGCCAAAAGAGUCACUUGGCCCUCCAUAUACGCUGAAAACAACACAAAUAUUGGACUCAUGUCUAUAACACUGACAUAAUAUCGCAUGCCAAUAUUAUACACCUAGGUCUUAGUGCAGAAAGUUGUCCUUGUUGAGGAGCGUGAACUAAUGAAGGCUCAGACCAUUUUCUACAGAAAUUCACAGCACAACUGCUCUACUGUACUAAAAGACAAAACUGUGAUUCACCUUGUUUCUGUGGUUCUUUGUCCAUCACAGAACAUUACCUCUUGAAUUUCUUACUACUGCUCAUAAAAGCAUAAUCUCACUUUUCAGCACUUUAAAGAAAUCAUUUUAUUUUUUACAAGCAAUGGGAAAUAAAUAUAUAACUACAAAGAUGAGUCACACUUCCAUUUUUGAAAAAAAAAAAAAAAAGAGAAAACCUAAAUGUCCAGGUGUCAGUGGACAAAUGCUGUGUUGUUGCUUUGCCAAUGUAAACUGUUGUUUUUGGAGGAGUGGAGAGGAAAAGCACAAGUGAGAAAAGAGAACACAGUUCUUCUCGAUCAUAUCUAUCUGUCUAUCUAUCUAACCAUGUCUGUUCUUGUUCUUCAACCUUUAGGGCCAAAAUCCAUUGAAAUGUCUUAGUCCUGUCCGCUGUAUAUCGUAAACUGUUGAAUUACAAAAUGGUAAAUAAAAUCUAUUUUAAAGA